CUGAUUGGGAACACUUUUGUGUUCCCUUCACUUAUUGGGAAUUAAAUCUUGACUAGCCUCUCACUGUUGGCGACGACGAUCAGUUAAGAUUUUUCCGGGUCGCCUUUUCGAUCAUGUCCUCCAAACCUUUGGACUAUGAGAAUCUGAAUGAAAAUGUGAAGAAGUGUCAAUAUGCUGUCAGGGGCGAGCUUUAUCUCCGGGCUUCAGAACUUCAAAAACAAGGGAAGAAGAUCAUCUUCACUAAUGUUGGCAACCCCCAUGCCCUUGGACAAAAGCCCCUCACUUUCCCUCGCCAGGUAAUCGCGCUCUGCCAAGCUCCCUUUUUACUAGAUGAUCCGAAUGUGGAGCAUAUAUUCCCCGCCGAUGCAAUUGCAAGAGCUAAACAAUAUCUUGCCAUGACUUCUGGGGGUCUUGGUGCUUACAGUGAUUCUCGUGGAAUUCCCGGAGUUAGGAAAGAAGUAGCGGAGUUCAUCGAGAGACGAGAUGGACACCCAAGUGAUGCAGAGCUCAUAUUUCUCACAGAUGGGGCCAGCAAAGGAGUAGCACAAAUCUUGAAUGCUAUCAUUCGCGGUCCAAAUGAUGGGAUAUUAGUCCCGGUCCCACAAUAUCCACUGUACUCGGCUACAAUAUCUUUACUUGGGGGUUCUCUUGUCCCUUAUUAUCUUGAAGAGACUUCAAAUUGGGGUUUGGAUAUCAAGGACCUUCAUCAUUCAGUUGCAGAAGCUCGAUCCAAAGGAUUAACGAUACGAGCAAUGGUGAUUAUAAACCCCGGAAAUCCUACUGGGCAAUGUCUUAGUGAAACAAAUUUGAAAGAGAUAAUGCGGUUCUGUUACCGAGAGAAUCUGGUCUUGCUUGGGGAUGAAGUUUAUCAACAGAAUAUCUACCAAGACGUGCGCCCCUUUAUCAGUGCAAGAAAGGUUCUAUUGGAUAUGGGCCCACCCGUAAGCAGAGAAGUUCAGCUUGUUUCUUUCCACACUGUGUCAAAGGGAUACUGGGGUGAGUGUGGACAGCGCGGUGGAUAUUUUGAGAUGACCAAUAUCCCUCCCAAGACCGUGGAGGAGAUAUACAAGAUUUCAUCAAUAUCCCUUAGUCCAAAUGUGCCCGCGCAGAUAUUCCUGGGGCUAAUGGCGAACCCUCCUAAACCUGGAGAUAUCUCUUAUGAUCAAUUCAUAAGGGAAAGCAAAGGGAUUCUUGAUUCGCUAAGGAGAAGGGCGCAUAUAAUGACCAACGUAUUCAACAGCUGCAGAAAUGUUGUGUGCAAUUUCACCGAAGGUGCCAUGUAUUCCUUCCCACAAAUACGCUUGCCCCCAAGAGCAAUUGAGGCUGCUAAGAGUCUUGGAAAAGCUCCCGAUGUUUUCUACUGUCUCAAGCUCUUGGAAGCCACUGGAAUCUCCACCGUUCCUGGCUCAGGGUUCGGUCAAAAGGAAGGGGUUUUCCACCUUAGGACGACUAUCCUCCCGGCUGAGGAUGAGAUGCCAGCCAUAAUGGCUAGUUUCAAAGAGUUCAACGAUGGGUUCAUGGACGAAUGUGAAGAUCACGGGCGCUAUUCCAGGAUGUAACUGGUCGUGCCACUUUCGGUUCCCUCGUGGUUUCAGGUUAUGUUUCAGAUCCAUGUGGUUGUUUUCCAAGACAGGCUUUGUAGUUUCCAAGGAAUGAACUUCAGGUAUCAAAAAGAAUGUUAGUGCCACAACGGAUCAUGCCCCUCCUACCCCCACCCCCACCCCCCAAUUAUCUUUGGAUGGCAAAACUGGCCAAGAUAAAUAGAUGCCUCGUGUGUCCCACUUUAUUUGUCAAGUUUGACUUUUUUGAGUCAAACUGGACAAACUUUAAACUUCAGUUACUCUUAAUUUGUAUUGCGUAUUAAUGUAAUAAACUAAAGUUUUUAAAAUUCCCAACUGUGGGACGGAGGAAGUAUAUUACUAGUUUUGUUUAAUUGAAGCUUAAAGUUCAUCCU